UUAAGACAUUCUUCUUUUCAACCUCCUUCUUCCCUUAUCGCGUGGGAACAUCUCAUUUUUCUCUCUUCUCUGCGAAACCCCGAGCGCUCUUAUCGAUCGUCUCCUUCCACCUCCACUUAUUCGAAUUUUAGAGAGCCAAAUCCGUGCAAACUCGCCGCAGCGUAGCCCCGCCGUUGGAAACUCAAGAUACGCUUUUCAGGACAAGAGUCCUCGUCUUAUCUCCUACAACACGAUAAUUAAAAACCACCUUUGAAACCGCAAAAAUGGUCAAGGAAACCAAGUACUACGACACACUGGGUGUCGCCCCUACUGCUACUGAGCAGGAACUGAAGAAGGCUUACAAGGUCGGAGCCCUCAAGUACCACCCUGACAAGAACGCACACAACCCCGAUGCCGAAGAAAAGUUCAAGGAGGUUUCGCAUGCCUACGAAAUUCUCUCCGAUCCCCAGAAGCGACAAGUCUACGACCAGUAUGGUGAGGCCGGCCUCGAGGGCGGUGCCGGAGGUGGUGGCAUGGCCGCUGAGGACUUGUUUGCUCAGUUCUUCGGAGGUGGUGGCUUCGGUGGCAUGGGCGGUAUGUUUGGCGGCGGCGGUAUGAACCGCGGCCCCCCCAAGGCCCGAACCAUUCACCACACCCACAAGGUAUCACUAGAAGACAUCUAUCGGGGUAAGAUCUCGAAGCUUGCUCUUCAACGGUCAAUCAUUUGCCCUAAGUGCGAAGGCCUUGGUGGAAAGGAGGGUGCGGUUAAGCGUUGCACUGGCUGUGAUGGCCACGGUAUGAAGACCAUGAUGCGCCAGAUGGGUCCCAUGAUCCAGCGCUUCCAGACUGUCUGCCCCGACUGUAACGGAGAGGGUGAGAUCAUCAAGGAGAAGGACCGCUGCAAGCAGUGCAACGGAAAGAAGACCACUGUCGACCGCAAGGUCCUCCACGUCCACGUCGACAAGGGUGUCCGCAGUGGCACCAAGGUCGAGUUCCGAGGCGAGGGUGACCAAGCACCAGGUGUUCAGGCAGGUGACGUCGUUUUCGAGAUUGAGCAGAAGCCCCAUGCUCGCUUCACUCGUCGCGAAGAUGAUUUGCUUUAUAACUGCGAUAUUGAGCUUGUUACAGCUUUGGCUGGUGGUACCAUCUACAUCGAGCACCUCGAUGACCGAUGGCUGGCCGUUGACAUCCUCCCCGGCGAGGCUAUCUCUCAAGAUGCUGUCAAGAUGAUUCGCGGCCAGGGUAUGCCUUCGCCCAGGCACCACGACUUCGGCAACAUGUACCUUAAGUUCAACGUCAAGUUCCCCGAGAAGAACUGGACCGAUGACGCCGAGACUUUCGAGACUCUCCGAAAGGUUCUCCCCGCUCCCUCCGUCCAGAACAUCCCCCCCGGUGAUGCUAUGUCUGAGCCCGCCAGCCUCGAGGAUCUCGACAACUCCGCCCAAAGCAGAGUCUUCGGUGGCUCUGAUGGCAUGAUGGAUGACGAUGACGAGGAUGGCCACCCCGGUGGUGAGCGCGUGCAGUGCGCUUCCCAGUAAACAAUUUUCGACGAGGAAAUCCCAUCAUGGGUGUAACGAAAAUAUACAAUGCCAUGACGGCGUCAGCUGCCUGUCUGUAUGUCUAGACAUAAAGGCCUAUAGACUUCGGCAGACAAGUGCAGCUGAGGUUAGAUGUUCGCCACUACCGGCGAAGUCGUUUAAUCAUUCUAUGAUACCAAAAUUAGCGGAGGAUGUGGUUUCUUGUUGGUAGUAGUGAGUGUGGUGCAGGUGAAGUGGGGCAGCUGAGUGGGCAUCUGGACGCUGAUUAUAUCAGUGGGGGAGCAUUCGAUCUGGAUUGGGAGGCGUUUUGAGGCCAUUAGACGAUUCAAAUGAAUUUGGUAGUAGCAGACGUAGACCAUGAACGUGAUGAUUUGUUUGUUACUUUUA